AUGAGAGAAUACGUACCAAGCUCUUUUGACACAAAUGCCCUGGCUGCGAAGACACGUGCAUUGAAUGUGUUGGUCAUUGGAGCUGGAUUGGGCGGUCUCACAACGGCCAUUGCUCUCCGCAGAGCGGGACAUAAUGUGACCGUCUUUGAGAAAUCUCGUCUCGCAAGUGAAUUCGGAGCUGCCAUCAAUGUUCCACCAAACGCCAAUGGCAUCCUGCUUCACCUUGGAAUUGAUGCUACAGCCGCAGGGGCUGUAGAGUUCAAAUGGUUUACGGAGUAUUCGAAGACAGGAGAUUAUGUCAGGGUGAACGACUUCGCCCAACGCAGCAGGGGCUGGCAACACAAAUAUCUUCUGGCACAUAGAGUUGACCUUCACACUCAACUGAAAGAUACGGCAACGUCAUCCAAGGGCCUAGGCCCUCCUGUAGAGCUGAAAACUGCCUCGGAAGUAGUUGACGUGGACAUCAAUAACGGCACUAUCACUCUCAAAGACGGGUCGAACACGCAGGGUGACUUGGUGGUCGCUGCAGAUGGAAUCCAUUCCAGGUGCCGCUCCAAGCUCACUGACCAAAGACCUAACCCUUCCGGACAUCUAGCAUAUCGUUUUAUGAUUAAAAAGGCAGACGCUCUUGCGAUUCCAGAGCUUGUGGACGUGGUAGAGAAGACGGGCGAGCUUGUCUUCUGGUUUGAUGUUGACAGACGAAUAGUCAUGUAUCCGACAAGAAAUGAUUCGAUUCUGAACUUUGUUUGUAUCCACCCAGACCAAGGGACUGUUGGGUUGGACGAUACAUGGAACGGGCAAGGCAAUCGGGAGGAUCUAAUCAAAACCUAUGAAGGAUUUGAUCCUCGUGCGUUACGCCUGCUGGGCAUGGUAGACGAGUCGACCUUAAAAGUAUGGAGACUGAUGGAUAUGGGCCCCAUCGAAAAAUGGUAUGCGGAGAGAUUCUGCUUGGUGGGCGACGCUGCUCAUCCCUUCCUCCCACAUCAGGGUCAAGGCGGUGCUCAAGCCAUGGAGGACGGCGUCUCUCUGGGAACGCUCCUUCCUCGGGGUACGGACCCCUCGGAGGUUCCUGCGCGACUGAAGCUUUAUCAACGCUGCCGCAAAGAGAGAGCGGAAUUUGUUCAGGAGGUGACUCGACAAUCAGGAAAAAACAUCGAGCCAGGUCAGAAAAACAAUAUCGCCAAAGUUAUGAAGUUCUUCGACUACAACUGCGGGCACGACGAGUAUCACCAUUCACUGAACGAACUUCGCAAAUAUCAGUUCAAGGAGCAAGCGAAGGUCUACUGGCGAAUGCCGAUCUCCUUUGGCCCUUAUCCCGGACCUCGACAAGACGCUCAAGGCCACAUCCGAGAGACGAGCCACUCGAACUUCAUCACGCGAUCGAUUAGAUUCAAGACUUCCCGAACCCUCCUGCAGAAUUUUCUCCCUACGACGGCGUACACUUUUUUGUCAGGUGAUACGAUUGCGGAGGCAUCAUAUAUCCAAACCACCCUCGAUAACAUGGACUGGCUUGGUGGCAGAGGUUACAAUUACUUCGGCUUCUACAUGCACGGCAUCCAGUACAAGAAGAAAGACGGCGAAACGGUCGUUGGAAAUUAUCUGGCUGUCAUGUGGGAAGAUCUCACCGAUCCCAUCCUGAGCGGAAGAGAAGAAGUCGGCUUCCCCAAAUUAUUUGCCGACAUCGCCGUUGAGCACACCGCAUCAACGUACUCGAUGCAAGCAAGCUGGCGAGGCGCAGGUUUCCUGAAACUCGAACUUAACGAUCUUGUGGCAUGCGAAGCUUGCCCUCCUACUUCCGAAGACCAAGUGUUCACUUACAAGUACGUUCCUUCCACGGGCAACCCUGGCUUCGCGGAUGCGGAGUAUCCCAUCUGCGUGCCGACUCCGUCAGCAAAGGAAAUCAAGAGCUUCCUGCAGACGUCGAAGUGCAACAUCAGCACCAAUGCUCACGACUGGAAGGCUCUGCCGACUUUGCAUCACAUUGUCAGCAGACUGUCGGAGUUGCCUGUCUACGAGGUUGUUAAGGGUACAGUUAGUGAAGGCACCGGAGUGGACAGUCUUGCAUCAGCGUAUAGAAUCGAAUAA